GGUAUAAAAGAUAAAUCAAUUCGUUGUUCUAUAUCAUUACAUACAAAUUAAAGCUCGAGUGAUUAUCGUAGAUUGUAGAUCGGAAAAGUUUCUAUUUAACACAAUUAUCUUAAGAGAAGUGAAAAAAUAAAUCGAUAGCCAUAAAAAUGAAAGUUACUAUGCUAAUUUUGUUGCUCUGCUUAGUUCUAGCGGUAUCAGCUAGAGGUGGAGCAGGCGGUCGCGGCGGUGGCGGACGUAAUAGUGGAGGAAGAAGUUCGGGUGGUAGAAGCGCGGGUGGAAGAAGUUCAGGAGGAAGUCGUGGCGGCAGUAGAUCCAUAGGAACCGCAAGGUCUGCCCCAUCCAGAUCUAUUUCACGAGCUGCCUCAAAGAGUCAUGCCAGAGCACCUGCCAAACCAGCAGUAAGGAAUCCUCCAAGGGUACAGCCAAGACCAGCAGCACCCAAGCCAUCUUUUAGAGCCCCGCCCAAGCUCCAACCAAAACCAGCACCACCUAGACCUGUGAGUCCGUCCAAGCCCAUUUCAAAACCAAAGGCUCCUUCUCCACCUAAGGUAGUUCCCAAGCCCCAACCAAAACCGGCACCACCCAAACCUGUGACCCCGCCUAAGCCAAUUGCAAAACCCGUUCCACCUAAGGCUCCUUCUCCACCUAAAGUAGUUCCCAAGCCCCAACCAAAGCCAGCAUCACCCAAACCUGUGACCCCAUCAAAGCCAAUUGCAAAACCCUCUCCCCCAAGGGCACCUUCUCCCGCUAAAGCAGCUCCCAAGCCCCAACCAAAGCCGGCACCACCCAAACCUGUGACCCCGCCUAAGCCAAUCACAAAACCCGCUCCAGCAAAAGCUCCUUCUCCACCCAAGGCCCCAACUCCACCGAAAGUAGUACCCAAGCCCCAACCAAAACCAUCUGUUGCAAAGGCCGCUGUGAAGACUCCUGUAAAGCCUGUUGUAGCCCCCGUUAACGUUAAAAAGGCUGUUCCAGUAAAAGUUGAAACUAAACCUCCCACCGGUUCGGUAACAGUGAAUCAGAAUUUCGCAUCGAAUGGUGUGAAAAAAAUAAGUGUUGAUGCCAACAAGAAUGUUUUCCAAAGCAAAGAUGGUAAACAUUCCGUUGAUGUCAAUGCCCAAGCGACAAAAAUCCAAAGUAAAGCCCAAGGAAAUCCUAAAACUGAUGUUACGGUUGGAGGCCAAUACAGUUACAACACUGAUAAGACUAGUAUCACCGCAUCGGCCAAUGGCAAACCCCGCCAAGGAGUUGAUCUCAAUGUGGACGCCAGUCACACUGUGUUGCAAAGUAAGAACGGAAGGCAUUCUGUGGAUGUCACCGCUUCGGCUGCUAAGCAUGUGGGUGGCGAGCAGGGUACUACUAAAACCGAUCUCACCAUGGGUGGCCAAUACAAAUACAAUAAUGACAAGACUCAAGUAACAGCAUCAGCUAAUACCAAGCCCGGUCAGGGUGUUGAUUUAAAGCUUGGUGCCGAACACAAUGUCUGGCAAAGUGCAAAUCAGCGUCAUUCCAUAGUUGGCAAUGCAGAGGUAUCAAAGCAUAUGGGUGGCCCACUGGGUAAUGAAAAGGCUCAAGUGGAUUUUGGGGGAAAAUAUAAAUAUGAGGGAGAUAAGACUCAAUUUACAGCGGGCGUAAAUGGUUCUCCAGGAAAAGGAGCUACAGCUAGUGUGGAGGCUCGCCACAAUUUAUAUCAGAGUGACGAUAAACGUACCCGAGUUGAUGUUUCGGGAGGCGUUUCGCAGCAGAUAGGAGGUCCAAGUGGAAAUAGCAGACCAGAUGCAAACAUUGGCAUUUCAUUAACUCAUGAUUUGCCUUAAUAAAUCUUAAAACUUGUGAUUUUGUAAAAUAUUUGAACUCCACCCGUUUCAUUAGAUUUAAGUAUGUUUGUCUUAAUAAAAAUGUGUAAAAAAAUUGCA